CAACACCCAUUUAUUAUUCUAAAACAAAAGUUUUGUCAGUGCGAUUUGAGGUUAUAUACAGUCGAAUUGCAAUAUAUUAAUUGAAUUAAGUGCUUAAUUACACACACACGAUGCAGUCUUAUCCGAAAUUAAUGGAACUGCGUCCUGAUAGAUCUUUAUUGAACUCAGAUUUUGACGGCUAUAAGUUGUCUCUGGCCGCGAUCAGGAAGAUUUCAGAGCAACUAAAAGUGCCAGUGGAUAGAUUAGUGCCGGAUGUAAAUCAAUAUUCGCUGCUCCAUACAAAACUCUUCGCUCUGCACAAUCAUUUAAUUGGUGAAAUAGUUGAUAACUUUGAAUCAGUUUAUUUCAUUGAUAUGGAGUUAAACGUUGAAAAAUACUAUAUUGAAUCAAUGUCAAAUUCUUUCAACAAAACAACUUUGUGGGCGGUACCCCUACAAAAAGAAAGAAGUCCUGGGGAUUACAAUGUUUCAAUGAAAUUUGCCUCGAGUGAGAUUGCUGUUGUGGCAGAUGGGAUGGGCUGUCUCUAUGUAUUAGACAGAGGUUGCAGAGACAUUGACGAUCCGUGGGAAAUACUCUUUUCUGGAGACGUUACAGGCCCUGAUCAGAAAUUUAUUGUAACAGAUGCAGUUGUUAAAGAGGCGUCAAAACCAGAGUUGCAUUUAUUAUUGACCAGUAUAAGACAAACGGAGGAAAACGGAAAAAAUGCAACCAUUUUGCAUUGGAUAACGUUGGAAAAAAGUGAUUCUUGGAACCAAGUAGCUCUGAGGGAACUAACGGUUAAUGGUUUCGUCCAAUAUGCAAACUUUGAACGCACUUGUGAUGCAGUUUAUGUAGUCAGUGAUGAUGGUUGUAAGUUCACCCUGGAUUCGGAAAAUGUAAUCAAAAAAGCCCCACCAGAAAAUAAAGAAAAAAAGUACAAGUGGAGCCAAACUGGUGAAGAUUUAACCAUAAAACUUCCGCUUUGUGCGGAUUUCAAGAAAAAUUUACUCCUUGUAAAUACCGAAUCAACCCAGAUCGCAGUCAAAUACGAAAGUGCGACUCUUAUGGAAGGAAAAUUGUACCACCCGAUAGACCCUGACGUGACUAAUUGGACCACUGAGUCAACCACUCUCGUCCUAACUUUACAUAAACGCGAACCUGGCCUUAUGUGGCCCCAGGUCUUCGAAGGCGCCGAUUCUGGCGAGUAUGAACCSGAUCCGGCUUUGGUCAGCGAAGUUUCGGAGAGACUGGCCCCACGAACUAGCGAUAKCGAGGUGGUGCCACCCACAGGGACCACUUUCAACAGCCAACAAGUGGAAGAGUGUGACUUUGAGUGCGAUAAGUUGACCGUAUUUGAACGAAUCUCUCGCGAUUCGCAUGAGGUCACCCAUAAAAUCAAUUUGGGGUCACACCAAGUACUCCUAAGUGUCCUCCUAGGUGAAUUUGAGACAAAUCAGCCGUUGGCGAUUGGAAUUCGAAGUGACGUUGAUACUUGUAUUUGGCAACCGACAUAUGAAAAUGAUUUUCGAUUGGUGCACAAAGGCACUUUGCUAGCUAUGGGUUAUAUUCAGGCGUCGAAACAGCAAAUGAAGUUUUUUGUGACCUCUCCUGACUUGAAUUAUGCUGUUAUUUGCGAGUCGAAAAAACAUAUUUUUAUUUAUUGCCAACAUAAAAGGAUUGAUUUCAAUCAGUUAAGGAAUAGAAUAACUGGAAUGAACGUAAACUCACGCUCCCAGCAACAAGUUUAUACUCUACCUGGAAAUGAUGAAAUUCUAGGGAUUUAUGCUUCAAACACUUAUUUGUAUGUCUUGGGAGACAAUUUCUUAACAGCACUUCAAUUGUGAUUUUUUUUUUAAUUUUUUGUAACGAUUAGAUCUAAGAAAUAGAAAUAAAUAAGUUUCAACGUUU